AUGGAUCUAGCGGUGGUUGGUCGACACGCGAUGCUCUUCGACGACGACGGCAUGGCGGCGUUCGUAAACUCGCCGGAAGCUCUCGUUGAUUGGAACUCUCUCUCAAUCGAUCGCUACGAUGUUCGACAUCUCCUCUCCGGUCCCAUUCCUCCUCGCCCCAAGCGCCGCCCUCUUCAUCCUCCUUCUUCCAUCGAAGCAGACCUUGACCAUCAACGUUAUCUCGAUCUUCCUUCAUCUCCUCCUCAUGAACAACCACAAGAUGAUGAUUCAGGUGCAGUGGAUUCAGCUGGCUAUCGUGCUGUUGCAUUUUCAUAUGAAAAUUCUAAUGUGUCAACUGAGACAAAGGGCAAUGAUACUGAGUCUGGUUUUCGUCCCAACUUUCCAGUACCAGAAAGCUUACUUCAUAACCUGCCUCCAAAUGAGAAGCUACAUCAGAUUAUUUCAAGGACUGCAAUAUUUGUCAGCAAGCAUGGAAGCCAAUCAGAAAUUAUUCUGAGGGUGAAACAAGGAGAUAAUCCAACAUUUGGGUUCCUGAUGCCUGAUCAUCAUCUUCAUCCGUAUUUUAGGUUUCUUGUUGAUCAUCAAGAACUUCUGAAUGUCGAAAAAGUUGAUGUAGAUUCAGCAUUGGACAAGAACAGAAGUCAGGGGCCGGAUCAAACAGGUGGCGCAUUGUCUUUGCUUGGAUCUGUCUAUGGAUAUGGAGAGGAUGAGGAUUGUACAACAGAAAAUACUAGUGACCUUGAUAGAAACACACGUGUGGGAGUUGUUGAUUCCACUUAUGCCUCUACAAGGAUAGAACGAACAGAAUCAUCCUCAGAUCCAGCCAAGGAUGAAAGCAUUUCUAAAAACCAAAUACCUUUUAAAGAAAAAGUUCCUGUUAUAAAGCGGAAUCAGUCUAUCGGUAACGUUAAGAUCGUAACUUCAGGAAAGGUAAAAACAGGAGAUAUCCUGGAUUCAGGGUCUAAUGCUGCAAAUAAAUCACAGACUUCUGUACCCAGUACAGCUAAGAUUGAAUUGCCUGUUGUUGAACCUCCAUCUGACAUAAGAGUAGUUAUUGAGAGGAUCGUUGAGUUCAUCUUAAAAAAUGGCAGGCCAUUUGAGGCCGUUCUUGCUGAACAGGAUCGUGCUCAUGGAAGGUUCCCAUUUCUUCUGCCUUCUAAUCAGUAUCAUACUUACUAUCUGAAAGUUCUUCAAACUGCUGAAGAGUCUAAAUUACCAGGUAAGGGCUACCAGAAGUACAAUCCAGCUGGUCGGGCAAGAGAUAAUAACACUGCUGCAUAUGAAGAAAAUGACAAUAAAUUCAAGAUGAUUAUUGGCAAUUUAAAGGAUGGUCAAGAGCCAACUCCCAAAGACAGCCAAUCUCAAACUACAGUUAACAUCCAUGCGGCGGCAGCCGCUGCUAUUCUUCAGGCAGCUACUAGGGGUAUUAAAAGGCCCAAUUUAGAAAUUUUUAGUAAGACGUCAAGUGGUAAUGGUCAAGGCCUUGGAAGUGAUGGUAGGAAUUUGUCCAUCUCUGGGAGUUUGCCGUCAUCUCAAUGGCAGGGUUUUGUUCCACAUUUCAAUCUGAACGCAGAGGCUAGUGCUUCUGUUCCAGUUGCCAAGGCUAUUGCAGAAAAAGUGGCUAUUGCAGCAGCAGGUGAGGCAGACUCCUCUGAAGCACAUAUGUCUAAAGAGCAAAAGCUUAAAGCAGAGAGAUUGAAACGUGCGAAGAUGUUUGCAGCCAUGAUAAAAAGUGGAGCUGGAGCACUUAAAAGUGAACUGCCAAGAGCUUUCUCUGUUGAACCACCAGGCUCUGGGCUUUCAGGUUCAGAUGCUGAGAUUGGAAAUCUUGUGAGUAAAGAAAGAGAAGGAAGUUCCGUUCCAUUCAACGCUGAUAACUCGGAUAAAAGUCAUAAGUCUGAAGAAAAGCUAUCUGAUAAUAAUUCAGAUAGAAGUCACAAGUCUGAGGAAAAACUUGCUGUUGAUAAUAAUAUUGAAAGGCGAUCAAAAAGAAAGUACCGAUCAAGGUCCAGUAGACAUGAAGAAGAAGAAGAGGAAGAGGUAGAAGAAGAAAAUAAAGAAGAUAUAAGGGAUCAGAAACGAUCCAGAAAAAAGCAUCGAUCACAUCGAUCUUCACACAGAAGUCGUGAUAGAGAUUCAGACAGAGACAGGGAUAAAAUCAGGCGGAAGCACAACAGAAGAGAUUCAGACAGAGAUAGGGACAGAAUCAGAAGUAAGCAUGAUAGCUCUUCCGACGAAGAGCAUCAACACUUGAGGCGUCAUAGCAAUUAUGAUAGCUCCUCUGAUGAAAAGCACGGAUCUCCUAGACGAUAUCGUGGAGAGAGUGGCUUGUCAGACCGUGAGCAUAGACAUUCCCGUAGACAUUAUAGUUCAUCUGAGGAUGAGCAUAGACACCGACACCGAAGCAGAAAGACAAAGCACAAGAGCAGGAGGUCUCAUGCCGAAAGAGAUGCUGAGUUGGAGGAGGGGGAGAUAGUGAAAUCAGACAAGUCGCAAGUAAGCGAACUUGGGCGAGUUAGCAGGGAGGCUUCUGCUGAGUUAUAUAAGUCUACAAAAGCACCAUCUCAAUCACCUGAAGUAACUAAUGUUUCUGAUGAGCUUAGAGCCAAAAUUAGAGCCAUGUUGAUGGAAAAUUUGUAA